UUCACUCUCAAGCUUCGGAGUCCGGGUGGCUCUGCUGUGCAGGUUCUGAAGGUCCUUAGGGAGCAGCCUGGCUCCUGAGCACCAGGAAAUGGAACUGUUGACAUUCAGGGAUGUGGCCAUUGAUUUCACUGAAGAGGAGUGGGAAUGCCUGCAACCUGCUCAGCAAAAAUUAUAUAGAGAUGUAAUGUUAGAGAACUACAGAAACAUGGUCUUCCUGGGCAUGGCUUCUCAUUAUAUGCAAGAAUUUUCACAAGAACAGGGCAUAAAACAUAUAUUUCAAAAAGUAAUAAAUGGAAAAUAUGGAAAUUAUGAACUUGACUAUUCACAACAAAGAAAAAUAUGGAAAAUUGUAAGUGAGAAUGAACAUCAGAAAUUAUAUUAUCAAAAGUCAGCCCUUAUUCACCACCAUAGAAUUCAUAUUGAAGAAAAGCCCUACAAAUUUAAAGAAUGUGACAAAGCUUUUAAUGAAAAAUCUCACCUUAUUUGCCAUCGGAGAAUUCACACUGGAAAGAAGCCCUACCAAUGUAAAGAAUGCGGCAAAGCAUUCAUUAAAAAAACACACCUUAUUCACCACCAGAAAAUUCAUACUGGAGAGAAGCCCUACAAAUGUACAGAAUGUAGCAAAUCUUUCAUUAAAAAAAUGCACCUUAUUUAUCACAGCAGAAUUCAUACUGGUGAGAAGCUCUACAAAUGUACAGAAUGUGACAAAGCUUUUAGUAAAAAAUCAAGACUUAUUCGCCACCAGCGAAUUCAUACUGGAGAGAAUCCCUACCAAUGCAAAGUAUGUGACAAAGCUUUUAAUCGAAAAAGUAGCCUUAUUCGCCACAGCAGAAUUCAUACUGGAGAGAAGCCCUACAAAUGUAAAGAAUGUGACAAAGCUUUUAAUGACAAAUCAAACCUUACUUACCACAGCAAAAUUCAUACUGGUGAGAAUCCCUACAAAUGUAAAGAAUGUGGCAAAGCUUUUAUUAAAAAAGCAUACCUUAUUCCCCACCUGAGGAUUCAUACUGGAGAGAAGCCCUACAAAUGUACAGAAUGUGACAAAGCUUUUAAUGAAAAAUCAAGCCUUGUUUGCCACAGCAGACUUCAUACUGGAGAGCAGCCCUACAAAUGUACAGAAUGUGACAAAGGUUUUAGCAAAAAAUCAAGCCUUGUUCGCCAUCAGAGAAGUCAUAGUGGAGAGAAGCCCUAUCAAUGCAAAGUAUGUGGCAAAGCUUUUAAUCGAAAAACUAGCCUUAUUUACCACAGCAGAAUUCAUACUGGAGAGAAGCCCUACAAAUGUGAAGAAUGUGACAAAGUUUAUAGUCAAAAAUCAGCCCUUAAUUACCACAGCAGAAUUCAUAUUGGAGAGGCUUACAAAUGCAAAGAAUGUGGCAAAACUUUUAAUCAUCCAUCAAACCUUACUAGACAUCAGAGAAUUCAUAUUGGAGACAAGAUCUACAAAUGAUAACAUUAUGCCAUUUCUUCAAGGGUGGGUCAAAAUUUAUUCCAUACCAGAGUAAUUACAGCAGAGAAAAAUUAUUCAAAUGAAAAAACUGUGACAAUGUAAAAAUGUCUCUAACAGUUGGUCACCCCUUACUCAGCACCUGAGAAAACAUACUAGUAGGAGAGAGUAUGAGUGGAAAAAAUUGUUUUAAAACUCAUAGCCAUUGCUCAGACAUUAUUGAACUUUGGAGAAUUCAUAGUGCUUAGCAAUCUUAAAAAGUUAAAUAAUGUUUCCAAGCCUUUAUUUAAAUUUCAAAUUUAUUGAACAUCUGAAACCUUAUACCUGUAGUGAAGGUUAAACAGCAUUUGUCCAAAAUAUGUGUUGUAUAUAAAGGCAAAAUAUUUACAAUAAAAAACCUUGACAAGUAUAAAAGAAGUAUAGUAAAGUCCUUAUCCAUACCUCAUAACUUGAUAUAUUUGAGAGUCAGUAAAAGAGAAAAUCAUUUAAAUAUAGAAAAUGAGCAACUGGCUUUAACAUUUGCUUAAAAUUUAUUAAUUAUUAUUAGGAGAUAUGGAGAAAUAACAAAAUCAUUGUAAAUAUUAUACAUCCAGAAUGCAAAUAACUCAUCUUUGAAAGGAUACACAUUUCUUAUAAAUCAAAGAUUACUGAAUAUUUGCACUUUUGAAUACUGGAGAAAACAAUUAUAAGAAACAAUUAUAAGAGGCUUUACAUUAAAUUUUAAUGUUUUAAACUUUAUUUCUUGUACUGUGGGUUAAAUUUAAGGAUGCUUAACCACUG